AUGCCUCACAUUCUCGUUGCGCUCCCGCGCCACGCCUCUCCGUUCUUCUCAGGCAAGGCGCGCCACUCCCCGGCGGCAUGGCAGCGCAAGCUGGAGCAGCUGCUGCCGCCGCACGCCUUCGCUCUGCGCGGGAGAGUGGCGGUGGUGGUGGUGGUGCCAACGCGCGAGCAACAGCUCGCAGCGGAGAGGGCGUGGCGCAGGCUGCAGCGGCAGCAGGGCGCGCAGGGGGGGGAUGCAGCGGGCGGGGGGGGCGCGUUGGAGGUGCACGUGGUGGUGGCGGGGCUGUCGCGCCUUCCCCGUGGGCUGCCUCCGUGCGCCUUGGCGCUCGUCACAGCCGUGUGUGCGCCGCCCUCUGCUGCACCCACUGGCUCGGUGUCCUCUCUCUGGCCGCCCUCCAGGAUCCACGCUCUCCUUUCCGCCCCAGCGCCACUCGUCCUCAUCUUGGGCCACCACCCCACUCUCUCAGCCGGCAGCAACACGUGGCGCCAGGUCAUUGGCCAGUUGAAAGCCCAAGGCAGGUUCAUGGAUUUGGAGGAGGGUGGGGGAGCGGUGGCGAGGGCGAUAGCAGCGAGGCGGGAGGCAGUGGAGGAGAUGCGGUGCAUGGUGCAGGGCGCUCGAGCAGCGGCUGCUGGGGCCAGCAUGGGGGCUGCCUCACCACACGCCACGGGCUGGCAUGACCUGCCAUGGACGGGCCUGUUCUCGCCGUCGUUCGGGGAGGCCUUGCAGCGAGCCGAGUCAGUGGAGGUGGUGCUGUGCCUCUGGCGCAUCCUGCAGGGCCGCCACGGUGGGCGAGACGGCAAGCCCGCCGCCAGCUGGCUGCCGGCAGGGCCGGAGUGGGCGGAGGAUGAGGUGCCUCGGCGGGCGUUGAACGAUAUCGUGCAUGUGGACGUGGUUGGCGAUUAUUGUCUCAUCUGGUCCACCGAUGUGGUGCGGCUGUGGGCGUUGGAGGCAGAGGGGCGAGUGCAACAGACCGUGCAGCGCAUACACCGCCACCUGUGCUGCUACUCGCCCGCCUACCUGCACUACUGCGCGCAGCACCAGUACUGCCCCUCCUCGCCCCGCCUGCGCAUGCCGGCCCUCCUGCCUCACCACCGCAACAUGCAGUGGUGGCGCACACCCUCCGCGGACGUCAGCGACACAUCAGCGGGUGUCAGCAGCAGCGCCACAUCAGCGGACGUGGUGACGCCGCCCAAGUUCAUCGCACUGCAGCCCGCCGUGGCACUCACGCUGCUGGCGCGGGGCGGCGGUGCGCUCGCAGCGUCGCUGGGCCACCUGCCGUUUGAGGUGAACGCGGAGGAGAGGGCCGCCAUCCUCUGCCCCUCCAGCCUCGUCGUGCACGGCCGCUCUGGCACGGGCAAGACAACGGUGAUCAUCCACAGGGCUCUGCGUCUGCACCGCCUCUCCUCCACCCCUCCUCUUGCCUCUCCACCUGCCCACGGUGCCACUGGCAUGUGGGGUACUGUCUCGGAGGAUGGCUGGAGCAUGGGGGAGAGUGGCGCGGGCGAUGGCACGGGGGUGCUGCGGCAGGUGGUGGUGACACGCAGCCUGCAGCUGUGUGCGUCCAUUCAAGCCGACAUCACUCACGCGUCCGAGUCGCUCGCUGCACUCGACUCUGCUCACCUUGCCUCGCAGCCCUCUGCGGGCCUCCACAGCAGCACGGAGCAGCAGCAGGAGGCGCCACAGCAGCAGCAGCCAGCCCCACAGGUCCCGCCUCAGCCUACCGGCGGAGGCAGCGCCAGCAAUAGCAGUGCGCAGAGGCAGCACAGGCAUCACAUGCUGCUAAUGCAGGAGGACCUGGAGGCUUCUCUCAUGGGCUCCCUGCCCUCAUGCAUUGCCGCCAUUCCCCCCACCGCGUUCCCCCUCGCCCUCACGCUCUCCAAGCUGCUGCGCUUGCUGGACGCCUCUGUCACCCGCCCCUUCCUCCGGGUUACGCAGCGGCAGCGCAUGAGAGAGGUGGCGAGGCGGCGUGUGGUGGUGGCUAUCGAGAUGAGUGUGCAUGGGGUGAGGGAGGCGUGGGAGCAGGAGGAGGGCGGGAGGGCGUGGGGUGGACACGUGGAGAAGGAGAGAUGGGAGGCGAGGAAUGGUGGGGCACGGGGAUGGGGACAAGGAGCAGGUGAGCACAGCAGGGGUGGGCGAAGGGAAGGGCUCUGGGAUGCAUGGCAACAGGAAACGGAUGAGGAGGUUACAUUGGGGAAGGAGGAGGAGGAGGAGCAGGAGGAGGAAGUGGAGGUGGACUAUGAGCGGUUCAGGCGGCAGUACUGGCCGCACCUGGACCAGAGGGCGGUGAGGGGCGUGGUGGUGGACGCCGCGUUUGUGUGGCGCGAGAUCACGUCGCACAUCAAGGGCAGCCUGCAGGCGUUGCAGGCGCUGCAGCAGGGCCAGCAGGGCCAGCGGGGCAGCAGCAGCAAGACAGGGCACGUGGUGGUGGGCGAGGAGGAGUACGUGGCUGGCAUGGUGGGCAGCAACGAGCGCACGAGCGCCAUGGGCGAGCGGGACAGGCGCGCCGUGUACCGGCUCUUCCAGGCGUACGAGCGGCGCAAGCGGCAGCGCGGCGAGUACGACAGCGCUGACCUCGUGCUGCACCUGCACCAGGAGAUCCGCCGCAUGCAGCAGCACGGCGAGCCCUGGUGGUCCGUAGACCACGCUCUCCCCGCCCCGCCGUGGGCCAUCCCUGGAAGCACCACCACCACCGGGCUUCACCGCACUCCACCUGCCAGCACACCCAGUGCUCCAUGGUCGGCGUCGUGUAGCGGCCCGUGUGCUCCCGUCUUCCACUGUGUGUCGGUGGACGAGGUGCAGGACCUCACUCAGGCGCAGCUGGCGCUGCUGCCUCUGCUGUGUGGCAAUGUGGCCUCGGGGUUUGUGCUGGCGGGGGACACGGCGCAGAGCAUCGCACAUGGCGUGGACUUCCGCUUUGAGGACCUUGCUCGCGUGGUGUACAGCGAGUUUCUGCAUAAAGGGGAUGAACUCGGCAGGAUCGGUGGAGGGAGGAGCGGCCACGGAGGCAGCAAGGCUGGCCAUGAAAGGAGAACAGGGAGAGAAAAUGCGGAGGCUUGCAGCAGCAGCAGCAGCAGCAGCAGCAGCAGCAACAGUAAAGUGGGAGGGGAGGCGGGCAUGAAGGCGCUGCCGACGUUUCAACUGGUGCGCAACUACCGCACGCACCGCGGCAUCAUCCGCGUAGCCACCACCGUGGUGCGCCUGCUCACGGCCUUCUUCCCCGCCGCCAUCGACCGCCUGCACGCCGAGACCAGCAUCGUGGACGGGGCUGUGCCCGUCAUGGCGUCCGUGCUGCCUGAAUGGAAGAUGCACCUUGCCCGGGGCAUGCCGCUCAGCGCCACACAGGCCAUCAUCGUGCGCAGCAGUGAGGAGAAGCGGCGCCUCUUGGCGCUGUUUGCAGCCAAGCCGGUGGUGCUGACGGUGGAGGAGUGCAAGGGUCUCGAGUUCCAGCUGCUUCGCCUCCACCACUACACACCAUUGGGUCCAGUGUCCACUCAACCUCUCCUCUCCUCUCCUCUCCUCUCCUCUCCUCUCCUCUCCUCUCCUCUCCUCUCCUCUCCUCUCUCCCCCCCCUCCUCGUCCAAUGCACAGGAUGUGAUUCUCUUCAACUUCUUCACCUCGCCCCAGUCCACCACCCCAUGGGCCCUCCUCUACACCUACAUGCACGAUGCCGGCCUGCCACUCGCUGCCUUCUCCCACUGCACCUGUGCUGCCACCAGCAGCCGCAGCAUCAAUCAAGGCUGUUCCUGUGGGAAGGGUCAGCAGCAGCUGCUUCAAUUCAAUGAGCUCAAGCACUGCGCGCUGUGUGCGGAGCUGAAGCAGCUGUACGUGGCGGUCACACGCGCCAAGCAGAGGCUCUGGGUGCUGGACGAGGAGGCCACUCCAGGCGACCGCGACGGCCAUGGGGAUAGUGACGGCUGCAGCAGGGCGUGGGGGGUGCGCAGCAGUGCGCCCAUGAGGGACCUGUGGCACGCCCUGGGUGUGGUGGCGGUGCGGCCGGGCAGCGAGGUGACGCCCAAGUCGGUGAAGCGCGAGCCGGAUGAGGACGACUGGCACUCCCUUGCCUUCACCGUGAGCCUGCUUUUCUGCCCGCUCAAUCUUUUCUGGGCUCUCUCUUGUUUCGCGCAAUUUGGCCUGGCUUACCUAUUGUGCUGCAUCCUUCCAUCACCAACUCACCCACACUCGUUGUCGUUGUGUCUCAACCUUACGUCUCCCCUCCCCGUCGUGCAGUUCUUCCAGAGGGGUGACUAUGAGGCAGCGCAGGCGAGCUAUGAGCGAGCGGGUGACACGGACAGUGCGCGCUUUGCCCAUACCAUGCUGCUGUACAAUACAGCCCUGGCCCGCAUGCACCCACACCCACACCCACUCGCUGUCAUGCCCUCUCUGCCACCGUCCUCACAAGAACAUGCACCUGAGCCGCUGCUGCUGCCAGCUGUGCCGCCCGACCUGUUGGAGCGCAGUCCGUCUGAGUUGCUGCUGGAGGCGGCGCGCACGUUUGAGGAGAUUGGGAGGAACGCUGAGGCAGGCCGUGCAUAUGUGAAGGCGAGGAACUACGUGGAGGCAGUGCGAGUCUAUCUGCAUGCGUGCCGGCCCCCGAAGCACAUGGACGCUGCGCGCUGCUACCAGAAGCUGGGUCAGUUCGCGGAAGCAGCUGAUUGCUACAGCGCAGGCGGCGACAUGCACAGCGCUCUCCUCGUGUGCUUGCGAGCUCGCAUCUUCCAGAAGGGCCUAUCUCUUCUCGACAUCUGGCAAGCACCUGCAUCCACGUCAGCAGCAGCAGUGCAGGAGGCGCAGCGGGUGAAGCAGCUGAGAGGAUGGUACCUGGUGGAAUGUGCGCGGUGGCAUGAGAGGCAGCGUGAGUACGACCACAUGCUCUCCUUCAUCCGCCUUCACCACUGCCUGCCCACCAAGCGUGCCUUCCUGGAGGCAGGGCGGCAUCUGAGGCAACUGGCAGCUCUAGAGGACGAGCAGGGCGACAAGAGCCGCGUGCCGGGGCUGCUGGAGAGAGCAGGGGCGCUUAUAGAGGCGGCGUGGUACUUGUGGCAGCAGGGCUCGCCCGGGCGCGCACUUGUGUACUUUGUUCGCCACUUGCACUGCCGCUUGAAUGCCGCCGGGCGCGGGGCAUUGCGCGUGGGGGUGCGGAAACGGGCCGGGGAGAGGGGGAGGGGUGGUGGAGGCGGUGAGAUGAGCGAAGAGGAGGUUGAGAUGGCUGGGAGGCUGUGGGCGGUGGAGCGGUGGAGCUUUGCUGAGAGGGACGCGUGUGGGGCGAGCGACCUGGCGUGGGCGAGGGUAGAGAUGAGCGUGCUGCUGCUGCUGAUGGCCCAUGAUAUUGCCAUCGUCACUCACACUGACACUGACAUUGACAGUGACGACGCUGCUGCUGCUGCUGCUGCUGCUGCUGCUGUGAGAGGGGAUGAUGGUGAUACCUGCCAGGGAGCUAUGGGUGCUAGGGUGGGUGGAGAGGGAGCAGCAGUGGGUGGUGAGGCAGCGAGGGUGAGGGAUGUGGAGUGGGAGGCGUGCUUGUCUCGCGCAUGGAUGGCUGUCAGGCAGGGGCAGGCCGUUCCAGCUGAGCUUGUAGGGAAGUGCACGGGCGCGGCUGGUGCAGAGGCAGGGAAUGGCGGUGGCGGUAGAGGCGGAGAGGGCGGGCGAGACGGGGCGAGUGGGGGGAUUGCGGUGUGGUGGGCGGACGUGCGUGUGCGGGAGGAGGAGAGGGGGGAGGCGGAGGAUAUGUGGCAGGGGAGGGACGUGCUGAGGAAGGGGCGAGAGCAGAUGGAGAGGGAGAAGAAACGAGGCGUGACAGGAGGGUUGGGUAUGGAGGAGAUGGUGAGUGAGUGGAAGGGGGCAGAGCAGGUGCGAGCAGAGAUGCUGCUGGCGUCUGCGGGUGUGCAGGUGAGUAUGCGCAUGCUGCAGUGCGCCCAGGACCACCUCUCUUCAUGGCUGGCGCACUUCCACUCUGCCCUGCCCUCCUCCUCGCACCACGUGUGCUCUCCUCAACCUGCAACGCCAUCCACUGCUGCUACCCCUGCGUCACCUUCAGCGUCUCCCACUGCUGCCAGUGCCGCCAGUGCUGCAAGGGUAGUCGCAGCGCCAGCAGAGGAGGCAGCGGCACGGCAGGUGGGUCAGGAGCCAUGCAUGCCCCCUCCUCCACCCAUCGGCCCUCUCCAACAAAAGUUAGCGCUCUGGUUCUACCGCUGGCUGUCCCGCCUCUCCGCCCUGCUGUCUGCUCUGCGCCACCUCCUCGCCCUGCCCGCCGCUGGCCCACACCUGCCCCGCCUGCACGCCGCCGUCUCCCUGCUCUCCUGCUCCUUCCACUGCCCCAAGCUCACCUCGUGCUGCCACGUGGACGACGUGUCACUACCGUGGGUGCCAAGGGGUGAUGUGCAGAGAGUGGCGAGCAGCGGGGCGAGUGGGGAGAUGGAGAGGUGGAGGGCAGUGGAGAUGGUAGAGAGUGCGUGGGAGAGGGAGUACGUGGCAAGGUGGAGGGCAGCACAGCACGUGGCGCGCACCGGAGGUGUCGAUUGCUCUUCUUGCCUGCUCUCUUGUCUGCAACAGCCUGCCCGCCCAUGCUGGCCGCACCACAUGUGUCACACGCUGUUACACCCCACGCUUGCUGCGCUGCUGCUCCACGACCUGCCGGCACAGGGACAGGCGGCCAGGGCGUAUGACAGCAGCAAGGCAGGUGGAAGCAGACUGGGGUAUGGCUUGGGUGCUGGGGAGAUGAGCAGAGGGGAGGGGAGGGGCAGUGACGCACAUGCGGGUGAGGUGAAUCAUGGACCGUUUGCAUUGGGGAGAGCCGAGCAAGCAGCAGCACAUGGGUCUGUGCCUGCUGGCCAGUCAUGCUGGCAGGGAGAAGUGAAUGUGACAGCAGAGGACGCAUGGGGAAUCACGCUGCUGUUCCUCACAUGCAUGCUCAAUCCGCACCCCCACAGCUGCCGCUCAAGGGACAAAGACUGGGGGUUGAUGGAGCUGGAGGCACGCAUGCGCGUGGCGUGUGAGCGAGGCAACCCUCUCAUGGCUCCCUCCAUUGCCGGGUUCACUCACGCCCUCUCUGCCCGUGCCUUGCUGCAUCAGGCGUCGCCCCUCCCCAACGUGCAUAGGGACUCUGGCAGGCUGCUCCACUUCCCCUGGAAGGCCUCCCUGCUGCCACUUGCCCCGACACUUGCUCCUGUUCCCGCCAUCCCACUCCUCCCCCACCCUCCUGCUGCCAUCUUCAACGUCUCACCCCCGCUUGCAAAUGUGCUGUUUGACUUGCUGAGUCACCUGCUGCCCACCUUGCUUGCCAUGCGGGCAAGGGGAGAGGGGGUGACCGGUGGACCGGGCCGGAUGGGGAGAAGCGAAUGUGGGGAGGGGAUGUAUCCAUGGGAGCUGAUGCAUGCUUUUGAGGAAUUUGGCAAAGUGUGA